UGUUCUGUUGGUCCCGCCUCCAAUUAGAGCUCCUGCAGACGGACUCCUCGGUGUCUUCCUGCAGUCUGCGGCAGCUCACUGCGCUCCUGGGAGGUUCUGGUUUGAUUUCUGGUUUCUGUCAGCAGCAAUGCCUCGGAGGAGCAUUAAGCUGCUUCUAGCUGACACCCUGGAGGACCUGUCCAAUCAAAACUUUGAGAAGUUCUGCUACCAUCUGUUGGACCGCAGGCAGGAGCCGCGGGUCAGACGCUCCAGGGUGGAGGGCAAGAAGCGCCUGGAUAUCGUGGAUGUGCUGGUGUCCACCUUCACCGAGGAGGGGGCUGUGGGAGUCACUGAGGAGAUCCUGAGGGAAAUUGGCUGCAACAGUGAGGCGGAGACCCUUGAAAUGCCUCCAAAAUCGGCCAGAAAGCUUUUAAAGAACAGCCUGGAGAGCCUGACCAAGGAGAACUUUGAAAAGUUUCGCUCAGAACUUCUGGACCGCCGUGAUGGCGUCAAGAUGAACCAGGUGCAGGGUAAAAGCUUCCUGGAGGUUGCAGAUGUGAUGAUCUCCGUUUAUACCGAGAGAAGAGUUCUGAAUGUGGCCGAGGAGAUCCUCAAAGAGAUCUGCUGCGGGCAGGAGGCAUGCGAACUGGCUGAAGAAGCAAAGAAGGCAGGUUUACAAUCCUCAGAUGCUGCAUCCAGUGAUGAGAAGCACUUUGUGGACAAACACAUGGAUGAGCUGAUCCAGAAAGUGAGCAACGUUUUACCAAUUUUGGACAAACUCUUAAAAGCCGGAGUUAUCCAACCUGAAGUUUAUGAUAACAUCAGUGCUGAGCGGACCUCCCAGGCCAAGAUGAGGGCGUUAUGCCACGGCCCACUGAGAGCCAGCAGAAAAGUCCAAGAUAUCUUCCUCGACAUCUUGAAGGCUCAAGAACCUUUUCUCUUUGAUGAUCUCAUGAAAAGAUGAAUCCUGGAGGGAAUUUAAAUCUAUUUUUAGACCAACAAUGAUGGAAACAAUCACAAUCAAUUGAAAACAGAUUUUAUUGUAAUUGAGUAAAACAUUUUCUUACA